AUGGCCAACUCAUGUUGUGGCUCCGUCUGCUCUGACCAGGGCUGUGGCCAAGGCUGCUGCCAGGAGACCUGCUGCUGCCCCAGCUGCUGCCAGACCACCUGCUGCCGCCCCAGCUGCUGUGGGACCAGCUGCUGCCGCCCUUGCUGUGUGUCCAGCUGCUGCCAGCCUUGCUGCCGCCCAAUCUGCUGUCAGAACACCUGCUGCAGGACCACCUGUUGCCAGCCCACCUGCUGCCAGCCUUGCUGCCGCCCUUGCUGUGUGUCCAGCUGCUGCCAGCCAUCCUGCCGCCCUUGCUGUGUGCCCAGCUGCUGCCAGCCUUGCUGCCGCCCAACCUGCUGUCAGACCACCUGCUGCAGGACCACCUGCUGCCGCCCCAGCUGCUGCCAGACGACCUGCUGCCGCCCAGUCUGCUCUAGCGGUUCCUGUUACUGA